CUCCCUUUCAAGGAACUAUGCGACUUUCCGGUCACCUGUAUUUGUAUUUAUUUUUCAUUUCGGUAUUAAUAAUAAAAUAUUUCGCCGUAAAAGGUGCCAAAAACAGCCAAAUAAAACUAUGGACUUGUCGGAAAUAUCGACAAGAGUUAUUAAUAUUUGUACAACUGUGAAAACGCCCUUAAAAUGCUUGUUGAAAAUUUCCGUGUCUAUAUUAUGGCUGAAGCCGUAAAACGCAUGAAAAGCUUUCAAUAGAAAAUACUCCACCAGUCGUAAGUCUUCAUCCGUUCGUAAUACGCGAUUUGGUGGUGGAAAAGCGUUGGAAAAGCCGUCAUAUCUGAAAAAUGCCCUAGCUAUGGAGGAGAAAGCCAGUCCUGGCCCUUCAUACGCCAUCAACUCCUUCCUCAACAACUUGGAUUUCGAGAAAGAAGACCGGCAAGAUUAUCACAAUUACGUCGAGGAUGACUCGACUAACGCCUCGAAACGGAAACAGAGGCGCUACAGAACGACCUUUUCCAAUUACCAAUUGGAAGAGUUAGAAAGGGCAUUCCACAAAACCCAUUAUCCGGACGUUUUCUUCCGGGAAGAGUUGGCCUUAAGAAUCGACUUAACCGAAGCUAGGGUCCAAGUGUGGUUCCAAAAUCGGAGGGCCAAGUGGAGGAAACAGGAAAAGAGCGUCAAGAAUGUCCAAAACCUCAACAUUCCUUCAGCCUGUUCUACGCCACUGGAGAGCCCCCUACUCAAUUUCCCCCCCGAGCAAAGCCCCACGAACUUGUUCCUAGGCCUAGAGUGGCCCUCGAUAAUCCCCCAAGUUCCAUAUCAAAGUGUUGAUAAUAUCAACGAAACGGUUUUAAUAGGAGACCGAAUUGCUGGGAUUCAGAGUAACUUAAUAGGGGAUGGGAUUUUAUUGGGGGAAGAAGGGAAUCUGGAUUUGAUCCAGAAUGAUCAAGAAAUCGGGAUUGAUCCUGAUUUGCUCACUUUAAAGCCGGCGAGGCAUAACAGGAAUGAGGAGUGUUAAAAAGUCAGUUGUUUCCCUGUUUUUAUUUUUUGUUAUAUUGACUCCCAAUUGAA